UCCAAAGUUUUCGUCUUUCUUCCUCUCACGUCUCAUCAGCCAUCACCCUAAUUAAUUUUAUUUUUUUUAAUAUAAUGAAUCUCUCACCUAUUUUUGUUUUCUUUCAAUUUCAAUCCAAAUUUUACAUUGGAGUUUCGAUUCAUAUAUAUCAUCAACCUAGCGAGUUUUGUGAAUUUCGUCUUUGAUCAAGAAGACUCCAAUUGCUCCACCCUUGGUCUCUUGUGGAGUAAAGAAACAAACAACAAAAUCACAAUUGUUUUCUUCAAGAAUCACCAAAACCUGUUUUAAUCAGAGACAUCAGACAGACAUGUCAGGUGGUGACAAUGAAGUGACAGGUAAAGUCAUCGUGAUUAUGGGUGUAAGCGGAGCUGGGAAAUCCACCAUAGGUACGAUGUUGGGAAAAGCUCUGUCUUGUGACUUUCUUGAUGCCGAUGAUUUUCACUCUUUAUCAAACAGAGAUAAGAUGCGCCAAGGCAUUGCUCUUACAGACGAAGAUCGAAAGCCGUGGCUUGAAAAAAUACAAGAGAGUUUGCGAAAACGUUUACUAAACGAAGAAACCGUUGUUCUCGCAUGUUCUUCAUUGAGAAAACAGUAUAGAGAGAUCUUGAGAGGUUCUGAUCCUGAUUACAAACCAGGAAGCUAUACAAGUUGCAAGGUUAAGUUUGUAUUAUUGGAAGGUAAUGCAGAGGUGAUUGCUGCUCGUUUACAAAAGAGAGCUUCUGAAGGAGAACAUUUCAUGCCUCUCACUCUUCUUCAGUCUCAGUUUGAUCUGCUUCAAGCUGAUGAAUGUGAAAAGAUAUUCAAAAUCAGUGUUGUUCUAACCCCUGAAGUUAUAGUCAACACAAUUCUUGAAAUUGAGGCUUGAGAGAAGACUUUAUCCAGAAAAAAAAAACCAUUCAUCUUUGGUAUUCAAUAUAUACAAUAAUAAAAACUUACUUUCAUGAGUAAAAUGGAUUUUUAAAAAUGUAAAAUGUUUCAUUUUAUCUUCUCCAUUUUCUAUC